UGGCAGCACAUGAACGAUGACGUCAUCAACGUGUCUGUGACGGGAAGUUACGGAAUAUUUAAACCGUCUCAUUGCUGACCAGCUGACCCAUCAGGUCAGGCUCCAACCGGAAUUUACGCUAUGCCCCCUUCAAAGUAAAAGUAGAAUACAGAACAAAGGUUGAACGAUGACAAUAAUACAGAGAUCACAUUAUAAUAAAUAUGUCAAGUGCUGUUGACGUGUUGACGGGCGGACAGACGCUCCUCUUUGUUUUAAAUCAAUACUUUAACGCGUCCUUCAAGGAAAGAGUUUUCACACAUGUAUAUUAAAUCAGUUAAAGCACACCAAACGCAGAACACAUGGAUGGAAUUUAAAUGAUGACCUUAGUUUGAUAGCCUCUAGUUUUCCAUCUGUAGCGGUGGCUGUCAUAGGAAUACUGAUUCAUCUUUCCACCACUAAUAUUCUAAACACUUUAUUUUGUGUAGCAUGCUUAUUUUUAAUGUAAAGAAAAAACUCCAUCACGCUUUUACUCUGAAAAGCCUCGACCGGAAGCUGUCGUGUGGCGUUGUUCUUCUGACGGCCGUGUUUCCGGUGUGUGGGCGAGGCUCGGAGGACCGCGGCGGCUCCCGGAAAGCGUCAAGGUGUCACCAAGAGAUAGAAGAAGAGGAGGAAGAAGAUAGAGAAGAAGAAGAUUACGAAGAAGAUAAAGAAGAGUCGGAGUGUUCUUCACUUCCGGUGGAGAAGCAGGAGGAGAACUCCCCGAUGUUUUAGAAUAUUUUCUCAUCGCCUGAGUUUCUGAUUCAGAAGAAGACGAACAUGGACCUGUUCUUCUCUGGAGCCGUGACAAGCUCUCCAGUGAAGCGGAGGCUGCGAGCCAAUCAGAGCCUGGACGUGUCCCUCCUCUCCCCUGACUCCUCCUACUUCUGCUCCGUGGUGGGCGGGGCCCCGUGCUCCUGCCGCCGCUCGCCGCGCCUCCUCACCAACGGCUACUACGGCGUCACCGAGGACAGCUUCUCCUGGGACGGGCGCGGCAACGUGGCGCUGGCGGCCAGCGUGUCCUACAAGGAGAACCCGGUCCGGGUCUUCCGCCGCCGCCGCCGGCCUCGCCGCUCUCUGGUUCGGCUGCUGAGCGACGUGACGGAGAGCUGCCAGUCCUGGCUGGACGAGAAGGUCUUUGGGGGGGUCUUCAGGACGGACCAGGACCAGGACUACGCCAGGACCAGCCAGGAAGGCCCGGUCCCGUUGGCCGAGGCGACCUGGUCUGGGUCCAUGUUGUCCAGCACCGAGCUGGACGGCAGCCGCAGCUUCACCUACGACCACACUGAGAUCCCGCCCCCUCCUGACAAAGUGGCCCCUCCUCUGAAGACGCUCCUCCAGGAGGAGGUUGGUUCUGAGGCCUGCCAGUCGCUGGGCGGGCUCUCUGAAGUCCCGCCCCCCUCAGCGCCCUGCAGCUGCUGCCAGGCCUCACCUGAGCAGCCAGGGCUCAUGCUCCUCUUCAUCGUCCUGCUCUUCAUCCUCACGGCUCUGUACUCAGGGAGUCUCGUGUUGGGCGCCACCGUCAGCUGCAGUGUGGCGGCGGCGCUCAGGCUCGUGACGACGUCGGGGCCGAUGGCCGAGUGGAGGAGGGCGAAGACGGAGGACAUCACAUCAGGAAACGAGUAGACGAGCUUCAGGAGCGGAAGAGGGCUGAGGGGCUCACGUCUCUGAUAUGUGAGCAUGAACCGGUUGGAUGACAUCAUGAACAACAACAACAACAAUAUGAACAACAACAA